AUGUUGGCAAUGGAACAUUUUCAGUGUCUGCCUCAGUACAAGGACUGUAGUGAUGCUGUUUUCACUGACCAAGUAACCAUGCUUUCGGCCGCCAUCAUUCGUCAUACAGAUUUGGAAACCGAUGCGAUCCCAGUGAAUCGUCGAGUUCAUCUCGCGCCUCGAAGUCUCGCGGUGAGAGAGCAUCUAGGCCGCUCGGUGGCUCACACAUGCUUGCAUGAUUACUUCUGCAUCCUGGCAACCACGUGUACACAAUUAGCCCCACUGGCGGAAUCACUUCCUCCUCCCAAUAUUGGCAUCCAAGACAUCUUCACUCCCACCUCACCCCCAUCGACGGGAGGUGGUUGUGAAUGUCUGAUCUCUCUCUCUCUCUGA